GCAAAUCAAGGACGCUCUGCACGUACUAUUCAUCUUCCAUUGUUGCUUUGCUUUGCUUUGCUUACCGGCAACCAUGGCCAGCACUCGUGCAGCAGCAACUCUCCUUUUGCUCCUCGCGCUCGCCGGCACCUCGUCGGCGCAGCUGUCCACGGGCUUCUACUCCUACUCGUGCCCCGGCGUGUACGGCGCCGUCAAGUCGGUGAUGCAGUCCGCCAUCGCCAGGGAGAAGCGCAUGGGGGCCUCCAUCCUCCGCCUCUUCUUCCACGACUGCUUCGUCCAGGGCUGCGACGCGUCGCUGCUGCUGGACGACACGCCCAGCUUCCAGGGCGAGAAGAUGGCCAACCCUAACAACGGCUCCGUCAGGGGAUUCGAGGUCAUCGACGCCGUCAAGUCCGCCGUCGAAAAGCUGUGCCCCGGCGUCGUCUCCUGCGCCGACAUCCUCGCCAUCGCCGCCAGGGACAGCGUCGUCAUCCUGGGUGGUCCGACCUGGGACGUGAAGGUCGGGCGGCGGGACUCCACGACGGCGAGCUUCAGCGGCGCCAACAACAACAUCCCGCCGCCGACGUCGGGCCUCGCCAACCUCACGUCGCUCUUCGCCGCGCAGGGACUUUCUCAGAAGGACAUGGUCGCGCUCUCUGGUGCUCACACCAUCGGGCAGGCACGCUGCACCAACUUCAGAGCCCACAUCUACAACGACACCGACAUCGACGCUGCCUUCGCGAGAACGAGGCAGUCAGGCUGCCCAAGCACCUCAGGCGCCGGCGGCGACAACAACCUGGCGCCAUUGGACCUCCAGACCCCUACCGUCUUCGAGAACAACUACUACAGGAACCUCCUCGCCAAGAAGGGGCUCCUGCACUCCGACCAGGAGCUCUUCAAUGGCGGAGCCACCGACGCGCUGGUCCAGUCCUACGUCGGGAGCCAGAGCGCGUUCUUCGCGGAUUUCGUGGCGGGCAUGAUCAAGAUGGGCGACAUCACACCGCUGACCGGCUCCAACAACGGACAGAUAAGGAAGAACUGCAGAAGAGUCAAUUAGCAGAUAGCUAGCUAGGGUCACUAAUUAAGACCCAUGCAUGGCUGUUGAACUGCAAGCUAAGUAAACACUAUGUGAGAUCGUCGCGUUGAUGUGCUCACAUGUCGUCUUUUUAUUUGGGUGAAGGAUGGAUGCAUGUAUCAGAUCACUUGUUGUUUAAUUAAUGCCAUUUCAGUCUUUGUCC